CAAGCUUCAAAUCAUUUUCACAUGCAGACACAUCUCUGACACAGCUGGACGGCUUUCAAAGCUCACCAGAACCUACACAGCAGAAGAUUUAAAAAUACUUUUUGAACUGCAUCUAGUAUAUCUGAACUUUAGAAGGAUGUACUGCAACAUUUUUGUCGUAUCCAUUAUUGUCUUUGUGGCAGUUCUGGGCAUUGGUGAAGAAAAGAGCCCUGAGGGAGUAGAUCAACGCUGUCGGUGCAUUAAAACAGAAAGUCGACGCAUGGGCAAACUCAUAGAGAAGAUUGAACUCUUUCCACCCAACUCCCACUGCAAAGACACGGAGAUUAUUGCCACCCUAAAAAAAACUAAGCAGAAGAUCUGUCUGGACCCAGCUGCCACUUGGGUUAAGAAAGUAAUCGAGAAGAUCAUGGCCAAAAAAUCACCAACAAACCAUCAGCGCGUCAGGGCACGUUAGUUUUUAGCAAAAGCAUGUAGACCACACACCAGUCUCAGAGAUGCCGUUGAAUUUUUUUUAUGGCAACAUUGUACGCUUUGUGGGAGUGUGUGUGUGUGUGUGUGUGUGUGUGUUUACAAAACGUUAGGGAUUUGUAUAUAUAUGUAUAUAAGUAUUUAUUUAUUAUUAUUUAUUAUAUACACUCUAUAAAUUGCUGGGUUACUUUUGACCCAUACUGGACAAAACACAUCGCUGGGUUAAAAUUGACCCAAUGCUGGGUUGUUUUAACCCAACUGCUGGGCUAUUAUAUCCCAUGGUUGCAUAACAAAUACCCAACAUUGGGUCAUUUUUAACCCAGCACGUGUCCAAUAU